AUGGAUGAUUGGGGUAAGAUCUAUACAUCAACCAUUGUUUUUAUUACUUUGGCUUUUGAGUUCUCAUUUUUGUUUCUGGUUUCAGAGGCUGAUGAUUUUCAACCACUUCCUGCAAAAGUUGUUCUCAAAAGUAACUGGGAUGACGAGGAUGUAGAUGAGAAUGACAUCAAGGACUCCUGGGAGGAGGAUGAUGAACCUGUUCCUCCUGCACCUGUAGUAAAGCCUGCUACUGAGAAGGCUCCCAAGAAAGCAGCAGCAGCAGCAAAGGGUGUGGAGAAGAAGGCUAAAACUGUUGAAGCUUCAUCAAAGGAAGAACCUUUAGAUCCUCUUGCUGAGAAACUUCGCAUGCAGAGGCUAGUGGAGGAAGCUGAUUACCAGGCAACUGCUGAACUCUUUGGAGCCAAGACUGAAGAAAAAAGUAUCGAUAUUUUUAUUCCCAAGUCUGAAAGCGAUUUCUUGGAAUAUGCUGAAAUGAUUUCUCGUAAACUUGUACCUUAUGAGGUAUAGAUUAGACUCUGUAUU